UCAGCGACUGUCCUGGGAAAGUGAGAGGCUGCUCACGUUUUGUUUCCUCGCCGUGUUUGCUGCUGGUGUCCCGCUCAUGUGGAGGUCCCGGGUGUCCGGGCUCGGUAUCGCCCGGCUUAUUGCGGCUCGCUGGAGGCGCUCAGUUGGCUCCGGUAGAGUCGAGGGUGCGCUGAGUGGUAUUGCGUGCGGUAAUGGGCAGUACUUACCAAUAGGAGGCCAUGGAGCGCUUCGCCUGCAGUAUCACCGAACGGCCACUGGAGGGCGCACGGAAACUGUAAUUCCCAGCUGCUGGAGCACGCGCUUACAGAACAAGCUGCAGUACCUGCAACACGCCGCGGAGGGGCAGCAGAGAGACGGGCAUCAGCAAAGCGGAGGCAAAAAGGGGCAGACUGGGAUUCCUGUGCUUACUGCUGCCCUCCUGGCUUAUUGCUACAGCAGAGGACACAUACCCAAGGGUGAGGACCUCCUGGAAGCGGCUCGAACCGGUAACACCAACGAAGUGGACAGGUUGCUGGCCGAGAAGGUCGACCCCAAUGUGCGCCACAAACUGGGAUGGACGCCACUCAUGGUGGCAGCGAUGGGCAGAAACCAGAGCGCUGUCCGGUCGUUGCUGCGGGCCGGCGCCGACCCGAACCUCGGGGACGAGUUCUCCAACGUCUACGAGACCGCCAAGGAAAAGAACAUCCAUUCUCUAGAAGUGCUUGUGACGCGCGAGGACGAGUUCAGUAACCGGCUGAACUCCCGGGCGAGCUUCCGCGGCUGCACCGCGCUGCAUUACGCCGUCCUGGCCGACGAUUACGCUACGGUCAGGGAGCUGCUUGAGGGAGGUGCCGAUCCCAUGCAGAAGAAUGAAAUGGGGCACAUGGCCCUCGACUACGCGCGAGAAGGAGAGCUGAAAAAACUACUGCAAGGCUGGGAGACCAAGUUCCAGGAUGAGGUGAGGAGAAGGGAGCAGGAGGAGCGGCGGAGGUUUCCCCUGGAGCAGCGUCUGAAGGAGCACAUUGUGGGGCAGGAGAUGGCCAUUGCCACCGUGGCCGCAGCCAUCCGCAGAAAGGAGAACGGCUGGUACGACGAAGAGCAUCCCCUGGUCUUCCUCUUCCUCGGCUCCUCUGGGAUAGGUAAAACCGAGCUGGCCAAGCAGACCGCCCGCUACCUGCACAAGGACAUCAAAAAGGGUUUCAUCCGUUUGGACAUGUCAGAGUUCCAGGAGAAGCACGAGGUGGCAAAGUUCAUCGGAUCCCCACCUGGCUACGUUGGCCACGAGGAAGGCGGGCAGUUGACCAAGAAGCUGAAGCAGUGCCCCAACGCGGUGGUCCUCUUUGACGAGGUGGACAAAGCCCACCCGGACGUUCUCACCGUCAUGCUUCAGCUGUUCGAUGAGGGCCGCCUGACCGACGGGAAGGGAAAGACCAUCGAGUGUAAGGACGCCAUCUUUAUUAUGACCUGCAAUGCGGGCAGUGACGAGAUAGCCGGUUACGCCAUCCAGCUCCGGCAGGAGGCCCACGAGAUGAACAAGAAGAAGUUGGCCGAAAAGCUUGAAGACAUCCAGAUAAGUGAGAAGAUAACCAUCUCCAAACAGUUCAAGGAGAACGUCAUUCGUCCGAUCCUGAAGGCUCACUUCCGGAGGGAUGAGUUUCUGGGAAGGAUCAAUGAAAUUGUCUAUUUCUUGCCCUUCUGCCGGUCAGAGCUGUUCCAACUGGUCACUAAAGAGCUCACCACGUGGGCCAAGAAGGCCAAACAGAGGCACGAUAUCACCCUGCUUUGGGACCGGGAGGUGAUGGAUGUCCUGGCAGACGGAUACAACGUGCACUACGGAGCCCGCUCCAUCAAACACGAGGUGGAGAGGCGCGUUGUUAACCAGUUAGCGGCUGCGUACGAGCAGGACCUGCUGCCUCGGGGAUGCACUUUAAGGAUCGCCGUGGAGGAUUCAGACAGACAUCUGCUGAACGAGACAGCGGGACCGGACAGGGAAGAGAGAGACGCCAACAGAAAGGGACCCAGACUGCGCCUAGAGAUCGUGGAGCAGGGCAGCAAGAGCCGCAAGCUGGACAUUCAGGAGCCGCUGUCUCCGGAGGACAUGGCUUUCUGAACCCAAAAUAAAAAAAAGACCCCAAAAAAGUUAGUUUUCACUGGGUUUGCCGGGG